ACACAUUCAUUUUUUCCCCCCUCUCUCCUUUUUAAAAACUUCUUUCCCUCCCUCCCCCGUGUCUCCUGGACUCCAGUCGAAGGGGGCCGAGCUCUUUGCAGGCUCCUAAACUCUGAUUUGCUGCAUGGGCUCUCGAUUGACAAUCUCUGGCAUCUGCUUUAAAAGAAGAAGGGAAGAAAAAAAACUUUUCACUCCUCGGUGAGUCAGGGGAAGGGGGACAAGCCCUUGAGAGGAGAGCCCGAGAAGAAUCAGACCUAGAGGAGGAGAGGCAGGAGGGGAGCGAAGAAAGACUUGCUCCCCCAAGAAAGCAAAAGAAGCCAAAACAAAACCACAGUCACACCAGAAAAAGUUCCCCGCAUCCUAAGUUCAUACCAAACAGAAACAAACUUCCAGCUCAUGGCUUUAUGAAAAGUUUCUCCUUUUGGGGGCGGGGGGUCUGAGUCUGUUCCUGUGAUUUUUUUUUCUACCCCCGACCUCAGCUUGGGUGAGCAUUUUGCUCAAGCCUCCAAAGCUGAUCCCCCUUUUAUUGUGGACCAUGGAUACACACACCAGGUGGAAAAGAAGAAGUUGGAUAAGGACCAAAACGAUAGCAAUUUUUCUACUCUAUGCAAUUUCUCAGAGCAAAGCAGCGGAACCUGCAGAUCUCUUGAAGGUAUUAGAUUUUCAUAAUUUACCCGAAGGGAUAACGAAAACAACAGGUUUUUGCACAAGCAGAAGAUCUUCAAAAGGCGCAGAUGUUGCUUUUCGAGUAACAAAAGAUGCUCAACUCAGUGCACCAACCAAGCAGUUGUUUCCUGCGUCCUUUCCUGAGGACUUCUCCAUUCUGACCACUGUAAAAGCCAAGAAAGGAGGUCAGUCCUUCUUGAUCUCCAUUUACAAUGAGCAAGGCAUCCAGCAGAUCGGCAUGGAGAUGGGUAGAUCUCCGGUUUUCCUGUACGAAGACCAUACUGGGAAGCCAGGCCCAGAAGACUAUCCUCUCUUUCGAGGCAUUAAUCUAUCCGAUGGCAAGUGGCACCGAAUAGCCAUCAGCGUGCACAAGAAAAACGUCACCUUGAUUUUGGACUGUAAAAAGAAAGUCACAAAGUUCUUGGACCGAAGCGACCACCCCAUCAUUGACAUCAACGGCAUCAUUGUAUUUGGGACCCGGAUACUGGACGAGGAGAUCUUUGAGGGGGACAUCCAGCAGCUCCUGGUCGUGGCGGACCCCAGGGCAGCCUAUGAUUAUUGUGAACACUACAGCCCUGACUGCGACACAGCCAUUCCAGACACCCCGCAGUCUCAAGACCCUAAUCCAGAUGAAUACUACACGGAGGGAGAUGGUGAAAGUGACACCUAUUAUUAUGAAUAUCCCUACUAUGAGGACACCGAUGACGCAGGAAAGGCAGAACCACCCACUACCAAGCCUGCUGAUGCUGAAGAAGCUGUUAGAGAGGUGACUGAAAUUAAAGAGGAACUCACCCCUCCACCCACACAAGCACCCACAGUGAUGGAAAACAGGCAGGAAACGAAAGAGGAGGAGAAGGUGGAUGACCCCAUCGUGGACGAAUAUAAUUAUGAAACCAUUAACGAGGAGUACUACACUCCCCUCCCUUAUGAAGACAUCAACUAUGGAGAAGUAGACAAUCCGGAUAUCCUUACUGAAGAAGCUGUUGAAGCAGAAAUUCCCGCCAGCACAGUCAUCACCCCCAACGCAACCAAUGCCGAGGUGGGAACGGGGCAAGGAGGAGACGACCAAGAUAAAGACUUCACCGAAGAGACAAUAAAAGAGUAUGAUGGGAAUUACUAUGAUACCUACUAUGACAGAACUAACCAAGAGACAGAGUAUGAAGGGAUUGGUGGCCCACGAGGUGAGAAAGGACAGAAGGGAGAGCCUGCAAUCAUUGAACCGGGCAUGCUCAUCGAAGGACCACCUGGUCCCGAAGGCCCAGCUGGUCUUCCAGGACCUCCGGGGACUACUGGGCCCGUCGGUCCAGUGGGUGAUCCUGGCGAGAGAGGAUCUCCUGGCCGGCCUGGUCUUCCAGGAGCAGAUGGGUUACCAGGACCCCCAGGGACAAUGCUCAUGCUGCCUUUCCGCUUUAGUGGGGGAGGAGAUGGUGGCUCCAAAGGACCUCUUGUGUCAGCACAGGAAUCCCAAGCUCAGGCCAUACUGCAACAGGCCAGGCUGGCGCUGAGAGGACCUGCGGGUCCUAUGGGACUUACUGGAAGGCCAGGCCCCGUGGGACCCCCAGGCGGUGGAGGACUAAAAGGCGAACCGGGAGACAUGGGGCCACAGGGUCCACGAGGCACUCAAGGCCCCCCAGGCCCAUCAGGAAAACCAGGCCGCAGGGGACGUGCUGGCAGCGAUGGUGCCCGGGGAAUGCCAGGGCAGACAGGACCAAAGGGUGAUCGAGGUUUUGAUGGGUUGGCUGGUUUGCCUGGUGAGAAGGGGCACAGGGGUGAUCCAGGCCCAUCAGGUCCACCAGGAGCACCUGGAGACGAUGGCGAGAGGGGUGAUGAUGGAGAAGUUGGACCCAGAGGUCUACCUGGAGAACCUGGGCCCCGAGGUUUGCUGGGACCAAAAGGGCCCCCGGGCCCUCCAGGACCACCGGGUGUGGCCGGUAUGGAUGGGCAAACAGGCCCAAAGGGGAAUGUGGGUCCUCAAGGUGAGCCAGGACCACCAGGACAGCAGGGUAAUCCAGGUGCUCAGGGUCUUCCAGGUCCACAGGGUGCAAUUGGUCCACCGGGAGAGAAAGGACCUUUGGGUAAACCUGGUCUUCCUGGCAUGCCUGGUGCAGAUGGUCCUCCGGGUCAUCCUGGCAAAGAAGGGCCUCCUGGUGAGAAGGGAAGUCAGGGUCCAACUGGACCUCAGGGCCCUCUUGGAUAUCCAGGACCUCGUGGAGUCAAGGGAGCAGACGGUGUUCGUGGCCUAAAGGGCACUAAAGGUGAAAAGGGUGAAGAUGGCUUCCCUGGCUUCAAAGGUGACAUGGGCAUCAAGGGAGACCGGGGUGAAAUUGGUCCUCCCGGCCCACGGGGUGAGGAUGGGCCCGAAGGCCCUAAAGGUCGUGGAGGUCCAAAUGGAGAUCCAGGUCCUCUUGGCCCUUCUGGGGAAAAGGGAAAACUCGGCGUUCCAGGGCUCCCAGGUUAUCCAGGAAGGCAAGGUCCAAAGGGUUCAAUCGGAUUCCCAGGAUUCCCAGGAGCCAACGGAGAGAAGGGUGGAAGGGGUACGCCUGGCAAACCAGGACCAAGGGGGCAGCGAGGUCCAACGGGUCCACGUGGUGAAAGAGGUCCAAGAGGCAGCACUGGAAAGCCUGGCCCUAAGGGCAACUCCGGUGGUGAUGGACCCCCAGGUCCUCCUGGCGAAAGGGGACCACCAGGACCUCAAGGACCAACUGGAUUUCCUGGACCAAAAGGCCCCCCUGGUCCACCAGGGAAGGAUGGAUUGCCCGGUCACCCCGGCCAGAGAGGAGAAACUGGUUUCCAAGGCAAGACAGGUCCUCCAGGCCCUCCAGGUGUUGUAGGCCCGCAGGGUCCUACCGGAGAGACGGGCCCAAUGGGUGAGCGCGGGCAUCCAGGUCCACCGGGUCCACCAGGUGAGCAGGGUCUACCUGGCCUGGCUGGAAAGGAAGGAACCAAGGGUGACCCAGGACCUGCCGGUCUUCCAGGAAAAGAUGGACCUCCUGGCUUAAGAGGUUUCCCUGGAGAAAGAGGUCUCCCUGGCCCAGUUGGAUCUCUUGGGCUGAAAGGCAAUGAAGGUCCCCCUGGUCCACCAGGCCCAGCAGGUUCUCCUGGGGAGAGAGGUCCAGCUGGCGCAGCUGGCCCAAUUGGUUUACCAGGAAGACCUGGGCCCCAAGGACCUCCGGGCCCCGCUGGUGAAAAGGGUGCCCCUGGUGAGAAAGGUCCACAAGGCCCAGCCGGCCGGGAUGGUAUUCAAGGUCCGGUUGGACUCCCAGGCCCAGCAGGUCCUGUUGGCCCACCAGGAGAAGACGGGGAUAAGGGUGAGAUUGGAGAACCUGGCCAGAAAGGAAGCAAGGGUGACAAAGGUGAACAGGGUCCACCAGGUCCUACCGGCCCACAAGGUCCACUUGGCCAACCAGGUCCAGCUGUGACCACUCGUCCGAGAGGACAACAAGGUCUCUUUGGUCAGAAAGGUGAUGAAGGUCCAAGAGGUUUCCCUGGUCCCCCAGGCCCCGUGGGCUUGCAGGGUUUGCCUGGACCACCUGGCGAGAAGGGAGAAACAGGUGAUGUCGGACAAAUGGGUCCACCCGGUCCCCCUGGGCCCAGAGGUCCAUCCGGACCUCCAGGAGCAGAUGGUCCUCAAGGUCCUCCUGGUGGAAUAGGAAAUCCUGGAGCUGUAGGAGAGAAGGGUGAACCUGGUGAAUCUGGUGAGCCUGGUCUUCCAGGAGAGGGUGGUCCCCUGGAAAAGUAAGGAGAAAGAGGGGAAAAGGGAGAAGCAGGCCCCUCUGGCGCAGCUGGUCCUCCUGGCCCAAAAGGUCCACCAGGUGAUGAUGGGCCAAAAGGCAGCCCUGGUCCCGUUGGUUUUCCUGGCGACCCGGGUCCCCCUGGAGAACCUGGCCCAGCUGGUCAAGAUGGUCCCUCAGGUGACAAAGGAGAUGAUGGUGAACCUGGUCAGACAGGAUCUCCUGGCCCAACUGGCGAACCAGGCCCAUCAGGUCCCCCAGGGAAGAGGGGUCCUCCCGGCCCAGCGGGUCCUGAAGGAAGACAAGGAGAGAAAGGAGCCAAGGGUGAAUCUGGUUUGGAGGGACCUCCUGGGAAGACAGGUCCAGUAGGUCCCCAGGGAGCUCCGGGGAAACCUGGUCCCGAUGGUCUUCGAGGAAUACCUGGCCCAGUGGGUGAACAAGGGCUCCCCGGCUCUCCAGGUCCUGAUGGUCCUCCAGGCCCACUGGGUCCACCCGGCUUACCUGGUCUUAAGGGAGAUUCGGGUCCUAAAGGUGAAAAGGGUCAUCCAGGUUUAAUUGGUCUCAUUGGGCCCCCUGGUGAGCAAGGAGAAAAGGGCGACAGAGGUCUCCCAGGUCCCCAGGGUUCUUCCGGACCAAAAGGAGAACAGGGUAUCAAUGGUCCUUCUGGUCCCAUUGGACCUCCAGGCCCACCAGGAUUACCGGGUCCCCCUGGUCCAAAAGGUGCUAAAGGAUCAUCAGGUCCAACAGGUCCAAAAGGGGAAACUGGUCAUCCAGGCCCACCAGGACCUCCUGGUCCUCCUGGGGAAGUCAUCCAGCCCCUACCUAUGCAGUCCUCGAAGAGGACCAGGCGGAACAUUGAUGCGAGCCAACUGGUUGAUGAGGGGAACACCGACAACUACAUGGAUUACGCGGACGGCAUGGAGGAGAUCUUCGGCUCCUUAAACUCUUUGAAACUGGAAAUCGAGCAAAUGAAGCACCCACUGGGCACUCAGCAUAACCCAGCACGUACCUGCAAGGACUUGCAGCUGUGCCACCCUGACUUCCCAGAUGGUGAAUACUGGGUUGAUCCUAACCAAGGCUGUUCGAGGGACUCCUUCAAAGUUUACUGUAACUUCACAGCUGGUGGAGAGACUUGUAUCUUCCCUGAUAAGAAAUCGGAAGGAAGCAAACUGGCCCGUUGGCCCAAAGAACAGCCUUCCACAUGGUAUAGUCAGUACAAGCGGGGUUCCUUGCUCUCCUACGUGGAUUCGGACGGCAAUCCCAUCGGAGUGGUGCAGAUGACGUUCCUGAGGCUCCUGAGUGCCUCCGCCAACCAGAACAUCACCUACAAUUGCUACCAGUCUGUAGCAUGGCAUGAUGCCACCACAGGCAGCUACGAUAAAGCCAUCCGCUUCCUGGGAUCCAACGACGAGGAGAUGUCGUACGACAACAACCCCUACAUAAGGGCUGUCCUAGACGGCUGUGCAACAAAGAAAGGCUAUCAAAAGACUAUCCUGGAGGUCAGCACACCCAAAGUGGAGCAAAUACCUAUCGUUGACAUCAUGUUCAAUGACUUCGGAGAAGCGUCACAGAAAUUUGGAUUCGAGGUGGGACCAGCUUGCUUCAUGGGCUAAGAGCCACCCGAAAACUAGUCUCCAAAUGAGCAACCUCGUAACCUCAUUGUGCCAUUUAAAAAAAAAAUGUUGUCACAUGCACGUUCUGAAACUGGACAGUGAUGGGUUAAUUUUUUUUGUUUGUUUCUUGUUUUGCCUGAGUUCAACUGUGCCACUGCACCCGCCCCUACUGAAUCCAAAUCAAAGGGAGAGAGAACCAUUCCCACGACAGACUUAGAAUCACAUGACCUAAACACACCAUGUGCGGCAAAGCAACCUUCCACACAGGUCAAAGGUCGCAGUACGUUUUUCUGCAUGCUCUUCCUCGCGGCCACCGAUGGACUCAACUUCCUCCACUCGAAUGUACAGAAAUUAGAACAGAUCAAAGACUUUCUUGCCAUGAAACUACAAGAAGCGCUGGUUGAUGUUUGUUUUUUUUAGAUGAAAAACUUGAAACUAUGUAUUCAUCUUGACCUUGAAAUCAUGUGAAAAUUCUUGGCCUGAUCCAGUCCCCACUGAGGUCCAUGAAAGUCUUUUUUGUUGAUUUCGGUGGGCUUUGGAUCAAACCCAUAAAUUAGACUUAAAUGCUCAUUUGUAGAAUGUUUAGUUUCUUCAUUUAAUUAUUUUCACAAAAAUUAACAACCCAGAUCAGUGAAUUUGAUAGUGUGAAGUCACUCUGUGCAUCUCCUUUCCAUGUAUUAAAGGUGCUUAUAUUUUUGUAUGUUUGUAAGUAAAUAUUUGUAUUGUAUAUUAUUUUAAAUGUGGCUGGCUUCAAAACAUGCAUGUGACCCUGUUUGCAGUAAAAGAAUAACCCCUCUCACCCGUAUCCUACAGAAACAAUACACCUAGAAAGGGAAGCUAUUAAGCUAACUUCCAUUGUUUUGUCCACUUGCCAACACUUAAAGCACAUUAAAUAUGUCAGUAAUCAACAGAACUAAGCAUCAUAUGCAUAAGUGUUUGCAGGAUCAGGGCCGAAAUUACUAGAAAUCACCAGCCCUACCACCCACCCAUCCUCCACACAAAUAAUGAAUUUCCAAGAUCAUUUCAAAAGUCACACAAGUGGAUGGAAAAUUUUUGAUGCAAAAUUAAAUGUCUAUUUAGUGCCUCUUUCUAGCAGCAUCAUUUGUAAAACCCCGAUUUGGAAAAUAGGAGCCCUGAAUGAUUUGCUUUCUGUACACUCACCUUAUUUUUUUCCAUCCUUUUUUAAUUCCAUUCCAAAUGGCAGAUUGCACAUGGCAGGGAAAUCCGCUUUUUUCCCCGCCCUCUUAAAAAUAAAAUA